AUGUUAGAGUCACCUGUGCAGGGUCUUGAGGUUGGAGGCAAUGCAUUUCCCAAACCAGGCAAUGAUGCAGCUGCUGAAGAUGCUCUCCACGGACCCCCUAUAGAACACGGUGAGGAUGGAAGGGGGGAAAUGAGCUUUCUUCAGUCUCUGCAGGAAGUAGAGGCACUGCUGGUCUCUCUUGCUUAUGGAGUUGGUGUGGAGGGACCAGACAUAUCUGUACAUUCUACUGCUGCACCCACAACAAAAACCACCACCUCCACCAUCACAGUUGGUGAGUCAGUGAAGAGAACAAACAGUCCUCUAGAAACUCUUCCACCAUCUGUUCUGCCCAUCUAUCCAGUGUCUCUCCUGGUUCUUGGAGCGGUGCUCCUCCUGGCCUUAGUGCUUCUGGUUGUGCUGUUUUACCAGAACGGAGUGCUCAGGAGAGUGCUCUCUAAGAGGAGGCGUAAGAGUCUGACUGAGGCAGUCUAUGAGGAGAUCGACCGCAGAUACAUCACUAAAAGAAAUGACUUGACUCGAAGGGGUCAGACAAAAGAGUCCAUACUUACUGAUGGUCCUCAUCUCUGCUCUGGGAGAGUGGAGGUGUUUAAUGGAGAGACCUGGUCCACAAUGUGUGAUGCUGACUUUGACCAGCAGGAUGCAGAGGUUGUUUGUCGAGAGCUGGGCUGUGGGCCUCCUUUGGAAGUGCUGGGAGUAGCUGCUUUUGGCAGAGGGGAGGGUCAGGUGUGGUCAGAGGAGCUUCAGUGUAGAGGCAACGAAUCUCAAAUUUCCUUCUGUCCAACAUCAUCUUCGCUCAAACACAACUGCACCCAUGAGAAUGAUGUGGGACUGGUGUGUGCUGGUCACAGUCAGACUCAAAUGGUGAAUGGCUCUGACUCCUGUUCUGGUCGAGUGGAGCUUCAGUACCUCAGUGAGUGGGGCACAGUGUGUGAUGUAGGCUGGGAUAUGAGAGCUGCCAGUGUCCUCUGUGGUCAGCUGAAGUGUGGGAGUGCUGUGGCUAUGUUGGGGUCAGACUGGUUUGGGGAGGGGAGUGGCCGGAUUUGGGCUGAUGUGUUUGACUGUCAGGGGAACGAAACACACCUGUCAAAAUGUCCCAUUUCAUCAUGGAGUCGAACUGCAUGCACUCAUAAACAGGAUGUUGGAGUCAUCUGCAGUGAUUCCUCUCUGGUGUCUCAUGAAGGGAGAGUGCGGUUUUCUGGAGGGAUGGAGUGUGAGGGGGAGGUGGAGGUGUACUUUAUGCAGGACUGGAGGAGAGUUCUGCUGGACUCCUGGAGUGAGUCUGAGGCCUCUGUGGUCUGCAGACAGCUGGGCUGUGGCUCUGUGUUCAGCUUCUCCAGCUCCUCUACAUCCAGUCCUGAACACAGACACAUGUGUGUGAUGGGUUUCAGUUGUUCUGGGAGUGAAGCUCACCUGGGGAACUGCAGCAGCGCACAAGCAGUCAACUGCAGCUCCAGAGAACAGCUCUCCAUCACCUGCUCUGGUAAGUUUAAUUCAGCUCACAGCUCCAUCAGGCUGGUUGGUUCUGGGGGAGACUGUGCAGGAAGACUGGAAGUUUUCCACAGCGGCUUAUGGGGGACAGUGAGUGAUGACUUGUGGGAUAUUAAGGAUGCGCAAGUGGUCUGCAGACAGCUGCAGUGUGGAGUGGCCCUCAGUUUUCCGGUACCAUCUUGGUUUGGCCCUGGAACUGGACCAAUAUGGCUGAAUGAGGUGGAGUGUGAGGGGAACGAGACGUCCCUGUGGAACUGCAGAUUUCAGCUGUGUGGAGAGGAUGAAUGUGGACACAAGGAGGAUGUAGGAGUCGUGUGCUCAGAGUUUAAAGAGAUCAGACUCACUGAGGGCUGUGAGGGGAAUCUGGAAGUGUUCUACAAUGGAACCUGGGGUAAUGUGUGUGUCAAUGGGAUGGAUGAAGAAACAGCAAGUUUGAUCUGUCAAGAGCUGAACUGUGGAAGAUCUGGCAGUGAGUUCUGGUCCAAAGCAAGAGUGCAAUCAGCUCCUAACUGGCUGGAUAAUCUGAAAUGUAGGAGUCAUGACUCCACUCUGUGGCAAUGUCCAUCUUCACCCUGGAGACAGAAUAUGUGUAUUAAUCGCAAUGAGGUGGCUCAAAUUACCUGCACAGAAGAGAAAAAUGAUCGUGUGUUACGAAGCCAUCUGAAAUGUUCCUCAUCUGCCCGUCAUAGACAGUGCUCAAAUCACCUGCCUCUCAGACUGAAAGGUGGAAAGGGAAGCUGCUCUGGGAGGCUGGAGGUGUAUCAUAACGCUGAGUGGGGCUCCAUCUGUGAUGAUCUGUGGGACAUCAGGGAUGCUCAGGUGGUCUGCAGGCAGCUGGGCUGUGGGCCGGCGCUGAGUGCUGAUGGGAGUGCUGUCUUUGGUGCUGGUGAAGGACCUAUCUGGCUGAACAGAGUGAAGUGUAGAGGGAAUGAGAUUCACCUGUGGGACUGUCCUCAUUCCCUGAAGAACCACACUGACUGCUCCCACAAUCAGGAUGUUGGAGCCACCUGUGCAGGUCAGAGGAUACUGCUGGUUUUUGGAGAUUCCAAAGGAAUCACUUUAAUCUCAGUUGAUCUACACGUUUCUCAUCCUGUAUUUUUAUUUGCAGUUGGCCAGACAGUGAAGGGAACAGACACUCCUCCACAAACUCUUCUAGCAGCUGUUCCAUCCAUCUAUCCAGUGUCUCUCCUGGUUCUUGGAGCGGUGCUUCUCCUGGCCUUAGUGCUUCUGGUUGUGCUGUUUUACCAGAACAGAGUGCUCAGGAGAGUGCUCUCUAAGAGGAGGCGUAAGACUCUGACUGAGGCAGUCUAUGAGGAGAUUGACCGCAGAUACAUCACUAGAAGAAAUGACUCGACUCAAAGGGGAAGUAUCCUCUCUGAAGAACAGCAUUCAGGAUAUGAGGAUGUGGAUGAGGAGCUUCUCUCAGCAAAGUCUCUGACUGGAGUAAAGGCAGAAUAUUAUGAUGAUGUCACCACCAGUGGCCUGAUAAGUGAAUCAGCAAAAGAGGACACAGCAGAGAGCUAUGAUGAUGCCAUCACUGCUGGACAGAUCUCUGACAGUGUAGCAGAAGACAUAACAGAUAACUAUGAUGAUGCAGUUACUGCUGGACCAAACUCCAACAUUAUGACAGUGGACACACCAGAGAACUAUGAUGAUGUCAUCACAGCUGAACAGGAUGUAGGAGAGGUAAAAGACUAUGAUGACGUGGAGGAGGAGCCUCAGACAGAGAUGGAUCAUUAUGCUGCUGCGCUGUUGAACCUUGGGGUCAUCCUCCACCUCAGUGGGAAACUUCAGCCGAGGCCAACUACCUCCGUGCCCUACGGCUCAAUCAGACGACCUGAUCACACGGUCCAACCUGCGCAAACGGGUGUGAGGGGCUCGGGGUCGUGA